AUGCUGUUGCAGAUUGACGUUCUGGCCAAGGACGGCACCUGGCGCGACAUCGGUGGUGAAAACCCGCUGCUCAUGACGCUGGCAGCCGCCGGCGUCGCGCCCGAUCAGACCGAGGCGGUCCGCUUCCGACUGCCACCCACUGCCGCCGCCCCCUCCUGCUCUGUCGCUGACGGCGCACGGCGCCGCGGCCAGGCGGGUGGCCCCGCUGCGCGGCGUCGUCGCUGGGUGCGGCGCUGCGUGGGGUUGGCUGCUGUGAUGGUGAAGGCUGUCCUCGUGUUGGAGGCUGUUGGCUGGGCCGCCCAGCUGGUCGGCGACAGCCUGCAACGGCGGCGGCGGCAGGACGGCGGCGCUGAUGACCCAGGGAGUGGCAGCGGGACCGACCCCGCAGACGUGCUGAUGGCCUACCUGACCGGCAGCAAAGGCUCAUCGUCGCUGGCGGCUUUGAACACUGAGCAGAUGGCCGAGGCUGUGGACGCGCUGGGCUCCAGCGACUUCCAGGAGCUGGGGGUGGAGGACGGCGGCGCGGAGCUCAGGGCCGCGGUGGAGGACCUGGUGCUGGAGCGGCAGGAGAGGCGGCGGCAGCUUGAGGAAGCACAGGCAGCAGCGGCGGCCGAGAACGAGGGCCGGCCAACGGCCUCGAGGCGGACGGGGCGCACGCCCGCUGUACGGCGUGGCAUGGCGGGGCUGCCGGCGACGAAGGCCGGCGCGUGGCGGCGCGCAAGGGGCGGCGAGCAGGCCGAGGGGGCCACGGGCGCCAAGGCGGGCGUUCCACAGCUGAGCCCGGUGCUGCACGCGGGACUGAAACUGCCCGAGGUGGCCAGCACGACUUGGAUCGCGCCGUCUGCUCAAGUGGUUGGCGACGUGACAGUCGGUGAUAACUGCUCAAUCUGGUACAACUGCACUGUCCGUGGCGACUCCCAGCCCGUCAGCAUCGGCCACAACACCAACCUCCAAGAUGGCGUGUCGGUCGGGUCUCUGCGUUCGGACGGCCAUGGCACUAAGAUCGGCAGCUUUGUGACCGUGGGGCACAACGCGGUGCUGCAGAGCUGCACGGUUCUCGACCAGUCGCUCAUCGGCAUGAACGCGGUCGUGCAAGACGGCGCCACGGUGGAGUCCGGCGCCAUGGUCGCCGCCGGCGCCGUCGUCCCUGCCGGCGCCGUCGUCCCGGGCGGGGAGCUGUGGGGCGGCAACCCUGCGCGCCGCCUGCGGGACCUCAAGCCUGAGGAGGCGGAGUACCUCAAGGCGCUCCCAAAGCGCUACCAGGAUCUCGCCGCGGAGCACAAGGGCGCGCUCCAGCUGGUCAGGGCCAAGAUGGAUGCCCUGGCGGCCGGCAGCCUCGAACAGGCGCCGCCGCAGUGA